AUGCCUCGUUGUCCUACAGAUAUUGUAUACUCUGAAAAAUAUAAAGAUGCAGAAUUUGAGUAUAGACAUGUUAUACUACCUCAUGAAUUAUACAAAAAAAUAUAAAAAAUAGGAAGACUUCUUACUGAACAUGAAUGGAGAAGUCUUGGUGUAAAAGGAUCUCCUGGAUGGGUUCAUUAUGAUUAUUACAAACCAGAACCACAUAUUCUAAUGCUUAGAAAAAAAUUUAAUUGA